UCCUCCCCCUCCCGCCCGGCCGGAGCGCGGCGCCGGGGCCCAGCAGCGAGCGGCGCGCGGCGGAGCGGAGCAGGCGGCCGGCGGCGGCCGGGCCCGGAGCGGCGGAGUCGGUACCGACGGCGGGGCGGGCCGGGCCGGCGCGACCCCCUGCCCUCGCUGCCUUCUCGCCGCCGCCGCCGCGGGAUGCAGGCGGCCCGGGGCCGGGGGCUGUGAGCGGCGGCAGCGCGGAGACAAAGGGAGGCGGCGGGGCUCGGCGGCCGGCACCAGGGACGGAGCGCGGGGGCCGCCGCCGCCGCCGGGGCGCACCCGCCCGCCCGCCGGGAGGCGGCACGAUGCGGCACGGGGCGGCGCGGCGGCAGCAGCGCGGCGGCAGCAGCGGCGCGGCCCGCCCGGCGCGGCGGUAGAGGCGGCAGCCGCAGGGCGCGGGGCCGGGCCGGGCCGGCGUUCGCGCAGCAGCGUCUCCCGCGGGCCGGGCCGCGCCGCGCCGCCCGGGCCGGCGAUGUGAGGGCGGCGGCGGCGGCGGCGGCGAGCAGAGGCGCGGCGCGGCACGGCGCGGAGCGGAAGGCGGGCGGGCCCCGAGCGGAAGCGGGCCGGGCCCGGCGGCGAGGAGGAGCGCGGCGCCGGCGGGGGCGGCCGGGCGCGGGCGUGCGAUGGAAACGCACAUCUCGUGCCUGUUCCCCGAGCUGCUGGCCAUGAUCUUCGGGUACCUGGAGGUGCGGGACAAGGGCCGCGCGGCGCAGGUGUGCACGGCCUGGCGGGACGCCGCCUACCACCGCUCGGUCUGGCGGGGCGUGGAGGCCAAGCUGCACCUGCGCCGCGCCAACCCCUCGCUCUUCCCCAGCCUGGCGGCGCGGGGCAUCCGGCGGGUGCAGAUCCUGUCGCUGCGGCGCAGCCUGAGCUACGUGAUCCAGGGCAUGGCGGACAUCGAGAGCCUCAACCUCAGCGGCUGCUACAACCUCACCGACAACGGGCUGGGCCACGCCUUCGUGGCGGAGAUCAGCUCCCUGCGCUCGCUCAACCUGAGCCUCUGCAAGCAGAUCACGGACAGCAGCCUGGGCCGCAUCGCCCAGUACCUCAAGGGCCUGGAGGUGCUCGAGCUGGGGGGCUGCAGCAACAUCACCAACACCGGCCUCCUCCUCAUUGCCUGGGGCCUGCAGCGCCUCAAGAGCCUCAACCUGCGCUCCUGCCGGCACCUCUCCGACGUGGGCAUCGGGCACCUGGCGGGCAUGACGCGCAGCGCGGCCGAGGGCUGCCUGGGCCUGGAGCAGCUCACGCUGCAGGACUGCCAGAAGCUCAGCGACCUCUCGCUCAAGCACCUGGCCCGCGGGCUGGGCCGCCUCCGCCAGCUCAACCUCAGCUUCUGCGGGGGCAUCUCGGACGCGGGGCUGCUGCACCUGUCGCACAUGAGCAGCCUGCGCAGCCUCAACUUGCGCUCCUGCGACAACAUCAGUGACACAGGCAUCAUGCAUCUGGCCAUGGGCAGCCUGCGGCUGUCCGGCCUCGACGUCUCCUUCUGUGACAAGGUGGGAGACCAAAGCCUAGCCUAUAUCGCACAGGGCCUGGAUGGGCUGCGUUCCCUCUCCCUCUGCUCCUGCCACAUUAGCGACGAGGGCAUCAACCGCAUGGUGCGACAGAUGCACGGGCUCCGCACCCUCAACAUCGGCCAGUGCGUCCGCAUCACUGACAAGGGCCUGGAGCUCAUUGCCGAACACCUCAGCCAGCUCACGGGCAUCGAUCUCUACGGUUGCACCCGCAUUACCAAGCGGGGCUUGGAGCGCAUCACCCAGCUGCCCUGCCUCAAGGUGCUCAACCUGGGACUUUGGGAAAUGACUGAGAGCGAGAAGGUCAGGUGAGAGGAGGGGGGCACCCCGAGACCUCCAUCUCCUCUGGAGGGACUCACUGACUGACUGACUGACUGCUGCAAUGGAGGAGAGAAAGAGAGAAGAGAGGGGCACGCACAGAGCCAUGCUACCCACACACCCUGGCACUGGAGGGAGAAAUGGAGAGAAAGAGUGUAUAUCCUCGACCCUUCUGUGUUGCCUACCUACCCUUGCUCUGGACGAGGAGGAGGAGGAAGGGUGGUGGGGCAGGAGGAGAAAAAGCACCUAUCCUUUUUCCAGGUCACGCCUCCAGCUCUACGCUGGGGAGACAGAGCUCCCCCUUCCCUCACAGCAUCCUUCCCUGCGGAAGAGGUAGAAGCCCACAUUCGUUAUGCACUGGGGCUAGAGACACCCCUCUUUAUCCCCACUCCCUGAUUCCAUCCCCUUGUGCACUAAGGAUGGAUAAAGGCAGACCCUUGUUCUGCCACAUAUCCAGGAUAGAUUAUUUUUUGUUAAUAUAAAGGAGAGUGGGAAUGGAGAUGGGAACAAACAAUAACAACAGCAGAAAAGGCUUCCUAGCUACACUUAUGUACCCAGCCACCCAGUCAUUCUGCGCUGGGCACAGACACAGCUUUUGGUAAAAUAACCAUUCCACCUCUGCGCUUGCCCCUCCCCUGUCAAUUGGGAAUUGUGACAAAUACUGCUCCCUAGGUACAUUGGUAUUUUUGGGGUUGUUUUUUUUUUUGUUUGGCUUUUUUGUUGUUUUGUUUUUAAAUCUGUUUUCAUUCUCCAGUUCCAUGUUAUUUUCUCUGGUGUGGGCGGAUGCAACCUCCCACUAUUCCAGUUCUCCACUGCACUGAGACUAGGGAUAGCUUCAGCCUUUUCUUUUGUCAGUAUGUUUCUGUGUCAUCCUGCACUAUGGUUAAUGGAAAAGCCUAGGCACUCCAUUCUCUCUCCCCCCAUCUCUCUACUGGAGAUGAAGAUACCAUUUCCUUUUUCUCUUGCCUCUGUGGGGCCUGGACAUAGACCCCAGUCUCUUAAGCCUUCCUGUGCACUGGGGGACACUGAGGAGUUACCAAGAGUCGUCUUCCCUUUCAUCAUUCUCUCUUUUUCUCCCCUCCUUGGCAACAGGGAUAGACAUAUCCAGCUACAUAUCCAUUCCUCUUUGGGUUGGGGUGAGCAGGUAGAAGGGGUGGCUAGCUCCCCUCUAACCAGGGGACUUGACGAAGAAUCUCCAGCUUCAUUUCUGCUUCAUUUGAGAUACUGUGACCUGUUCUUAUUUUGAAAUGCAUAAAAAAAAUUACUGCUACAAAAACAGCCUCUUACUCUCCCAUCUAUCCCUUGCUUAUGUCCUGUAACUGAUCCCAGUUUUCCUCACUCAUUCUCCUCUUUACAGUAUUCAUUUUCUUACAUGGUUUUAUUUUUAAAGACAUAUGAAGUUGCUGUUCUUGUGGAUUUUUAAGUACAUUUUUUUUCUGCUGAAUAUAUUCUAUAUAUAUAAAUAUAUAUAUGAUGUCUGGCUACCUCGUUUUAAUUUGUUACUUCCCCUUCCCCCCCCCCCCCCC